AUGGCUGGCGAUUUUGUACCAGAAGAAGAGCUAAAUUUGAAAGGAUUUCAGAAAUAUUUCAACAGCUACACGCUAAGGGGAAGAUUCAAUAUUGUGGUUGCUACCUAUAGCACGCUGUUUCUCAUGAUACUCCUGUACAAACUGAAUCAACCACCGAAGAGAAAUCUACCACAAAAUAAACAAGCGAAAUCUAAAUCACCUGACGUGUCACCGAGGUGUACCCAGAUUUCUAAAUGUAACAAAUGA